GGGUGGAGAGGGGCCGGGGGUGGCGCGGAGAGGAGCGGCGAGAAGGGCGAAAGGCUUUGGGGAAGCCGCUGGCCCGACCCGACCUGACAUGGCCGCCGCGGGGCUGGCAGUGCUCGGCGUGGGCUGCUGUGCUGUGUGGAAAGCGCCUAGCGGGCUGCAGGCGGCUCCUCGGCAACAGGCAAAUGGGAGGGUGUGCGUUUGCUGCACGGCGUUGUGCUGCUCUGGGCGGCACUCUGGCCCACCUGUAUGGGUUGGCUGUUGUGUGGGAGUGUGUAAGCCUUAGCGAGGAGCUACAUCUGAACGUGCUGAGGGAUGGGCUGACGCCAAUGGUAUGGCCUGCAACAAGGCCGAGUGCCAGGCCUGCCCUUUGGUCACAGCAACUCUGCGUAUCACUACAGGACUGGGGAUGGAAUGCUGCACAGAGGAAAUGGAUCUGGGGGUGAUAGUUGACAGCCAGCUGAACACAAGCAGUGUGCCAGGUGGCCAAGAAGGCCAAUGGCAUCCUGGCUUGUAUCAGAAAUAGUGCAGCCAGCAGGAGCAGGGAAGUGAUUAUACCUCUGUACUGAGCAGUGAGCUUCUUGAGUGCUGUGCUCUGUUUUGGAUCCCUUGCUACAAGAAAGACAAUGAGACCCUGGAGCAUGCCCAGAGAAGGGCAAUGAAGCUGUGAGGGGUCUGGAGCGCAAGUCUUAUGAGGAGGGGCUGAAGGAGCUGGGAUUGUUCAGUCUGGAGAAAAGGAAGCUCAGGGGAGACCUUAUUGUCCUCUAAAACAACCUGAAAAGAGGCUGUAGUGAGGUGGGUUUCAGCCUCUUCUCCCGGGCUAGCAAGAGAGCAAGAGGUUAUGGAAGGCCUCAGGUUGUGCCAGGGAGGUUCAGGGUGCAUAUUAGGAAAAAAUUUCUACUCUUUAUAAGAGUGGUGUGGCACUGAAAUGGGCUGCCCAAGGAGAUGUUGGAGUCACUGUCCCUGAAGGUGUUCAAGAAACGUGGAUGUGGCAUGGUUAGUGGGCAUGGUAGUGGUAGGCUGACAGUUGAACUACAUGAUCUUAGAGGUAUUUUCCAACCUUAACAAUUCAAUGAUUUUAUGAGUAUAUGAUAAAACUUGCAGAGACAGGGUAGGUCCUGGAAAAUGGGGGGCUGGCUGCAGAGUUGCAUGUGUUAAAAAAGAAGGCUCACAAUGGGGCCAUGUGUGAUGGUGUUGUCUGUCAUGCUUAGGCUAUGUGUGAGAGAAAUGGCAUGAAAUGGCACCAGGAAGAACAAGGAGACAAUGCAACAGGUUUUUAACAUCAGGGUUUUUUUUGUUAGCAUUUGAGAGUAAGUGUGGUAACAAAUACAUUGCUGUCUGGUUUUGCAGUUAGCUGUGUUGUACAUCAGUUUGGAUUCCUCAAGGGUAAGGAGAAUGAAGAACUUCCUGCAGGAAGCGUAGGCCAGCGUACAGUGUGUGUCAGCCAGAGGAGUUGGGGGCCAGUACAGGCAGCUGAGCAAUUCUAAAUCUUCCUUAUAGAGAAAGAUGACCUGUGAUGGAUGUGUACCUAAUGCAGUAGGGUGACCUGUCCUAAGUUACUUAUUGUGAUGCACAUUUAGUGUGGAAUUGAACAAAAGAGACCUGGGGAUGGAGCAGAAAAGGAACUGUCGCCUUUAACUUUUUGAAACAGGCAUUAAAUACAUUGAGUGUAUGAAAUUUGUUUUUGUCAUUCAGCAGCUGCUCUGUGAUUGAAGGUGUCAUUUUCAGUGACCUUUUGGAAUCUAUAUUAGUCUGGCUAAAAUAAAAAUGCUUUAGUGGUACCUGUAUUUGCAUUAAGAGAAGUACGUAACAACAAAACUUAUUAUCCCUGAUAUGAUAUUGACAAUUUUGUAAGGACCAGGCAAAAUUUAAUUGGCAUGGCUUGAGGUAAUGUCAGGACCUUGCUGGGAGAGCUGUCCUGGGGCAGUAAGUGAACAUACCAGUGAGGUGUCAUAACACCAGCCUGAACUUUAGUAGCUUCUCCUCAUGUCUCAGAGCUGCUACAUUCGGAGGCUUGCUGUGGUUAGGCUCAUGUCUGAAACAUCUCUGGAGCUUGCAUUUUACAAACAGUGCAGUGUGAUAGUACAGUAGGUGGGAAGCAGAAAAAAACCUCACUGGAGGUGAUGGUAGGAAAUCCCUGGUGCAGUGAAAUGCUGUUGAAACAAUGGGAAGGUGCUCCCCCCAGUAUUUUGCAAGCUGGAGUGUCCUCUCUUAAGUGAGAUUUGAGUGGUGUUUGGAAAAUGAGUGACUCCGUCUAGCUCAGUAGGAUUUCCACAACUUCCUUUCCCACUAGUGGAAGGAUAUUAGUAAAAGAAUCACAGAAGGCUGAGUUCUGAAGGCUGAAAUAACAACUGAACGAACCCUCAGAAUUUGCAAAUUCAUCUCAAUAGUGGUGAAACAUUGGAAAACAGAAAUGAAGAGCCAAGAAGAGUACUUAGGAAAUCAUUGACUGGAGCUAGUAUUUUAAGACCUUUCAAAAUACAUUGCAAAACACUACAGUUGCCUAUAAGCUCUAUAAAGAAGGCUCCUAUUCACUGAUGGCUGUUUUAUUACUUCUGUUCUGAAGUUUUUUCAGGCUUCCCUUAGCCCAGGCCUGCAAGCAGUAGGAGCUUGCUGCUGUGAGCUGCCAGUUGCUCUCACACAACCGCGUGGUUUGGGGCACGCUGCAGUUGUUCUCUGCCUGCUGGCUCAGGCUCUGGGCUCACCUUUCAUGGCUGCCAAGGUCUUUCAUAACCUCUGAUCUUUCAUAACCCUUAGUGCUAGCCAGUUCCUCGCACACGCGUUUUGUAAUCUACACACAUGCCAUGCUUUUCAUCCCAUUGACUUGCAGUAGACUCAUCCCAGCUCCUUUCUGUGGAACUUUUCCCAGUACUCCACCAAGAAUGAAGUUUGAGGCUGACAGUCCUCUGUAAGAGGUAACCCUGAUGGCAAACUUUUUAUUGUUCAGAGUACUGCAGUGUGGCUGUAGUUUUAGUUUGUCAUGUUGCUGAGUAGAUUUUAUGGCUGGUGAAGAGGAUGCUUGGUCCAACUUUUUUUUUUUAUUUUUUUUAUUUUUUUUGGUGUUCAAGAAGAGAAGGUACAUUGUAAAAAGACUUUCUUGCUGGAUUCCCAUGAAGAAUCACACUUGUGCUUGUUCUGCUCCAUCAGAAACAAAAAGAAGUUUCCAACAAUGGCAGUAUUUCACAGAAUGCUCAUUAGUGACUCCGGAGGCCCUGAGGUCGCUACUCACAGAGUGCCCUCCACAUUCUCCUUCCUGCCACAAACUAUCAAGAAGUUAGUCUCAAGCAGAAUUUGACCUUCAGAUCUGUUCUGGGAGUUUGAUAAUGUGAAACUUAAGAUUUUUGGCUUCAAAAUCUGACAGAUUAUAGCAAAAUGGUGUCCUUCAGUGUUCUCUAGAAUUUUCAAACUGGCUCCAAUUCAAAUCAAAUCCAAUCAAGUCCUUGUGUUUGAUAUACAGAAAAUAGUAUGAUUUGACUUUGGAUCUGAAUUCUAAACUUUAUAGUUUAUAACUCUCUUCCACAGUUAUGCUAGGGCUCAGCAUAGCCAGGUUGCUUCCUGUUUAAAGGAAGGAUCCUGAAUGCAAACUGGAUUUCUGCUUUCAGAUCGAAGCUCAAACUGAAACUCCCCUGUGUUGGCCGUUUGGUUCAAGAUUGUUCCAGGAUUUUUCAGCAGGCAUUUGUCCGUGAGAUUGACAGGGCUGGUUGUGCCAAAGAAUGUAAUGUGUAGAAAGAAUGUGUGAAUGUUUCAGUCUCCCACACGGAAAGGGACUCAGGAGCCAUCUUUGUUACAGCUGGUAGAUGAAAGAGGGAUUCAUUUGAGGCAGAUGAAAUUUUUAUGUGCUUUCACAAAGGCAUCUAGAUUUUCACAGGAGAGUUUAAUUCCUGGAAAAUCUCCUGAGGAUAGUAGGUCUUGCUGAGAGUCAGUAUGACAUAUGCUGCCCUCUAAUCUGUCUGGAAAAAAAAGCUGUGCCUGGAGUUAUUAUGGGGUUGCAUCAAGUAAUCUUGCGCUCAGAGAUUUUCUGACAAAUUCAAUCAAUGAUUUUGGUGCACAUGUAGCUGAAAAAAGUGCUAUGGGUCACAUUCCUGCUGCUUGGCAAUAAGUAGCAGGCUCAACACCAGUGGAAUCAAUGACAUUUUCAUUUGUGUGUGCCAGCAUGAAAUGUGUCUCUGCAUACAAAGCUGUUAGAAACAAAAAUGCAAGAAAAAAAAAAAAUAUGUGUUCAACAAACUGCUUGAAUAGUUACAUAGGGAAAUGCUCCUGCAGUGACAAGUAAGUGUUUUUAAUGGCACUUUAUAUUGUUGCUGACACAGACAAGUUUGUUAAAAAUCAUGUUGUUAAUCUCUCUGGAAAAUGAAUGUGUUUCUUAAUUAAGCACAGAAAAUAUAUUUCUUGUUUGUAUAUCCAUGCAUGCUUACAUAUUUUGAUUUUUUUGAUGCUCCAAUACCUGAUGUCUUGUGCUACACAGCUUUGGGUUAUGUUAGUAAAUUUAUUGAACAUCCUUAAUUUGGAAGCAUGGAUGCUUAUUCUGAAGUGGAGCCACCCAAGAUCAAGUACCACUUUUGAAAAUGAUUGUCAUGUGCACGAUAAAACCUUCAAAUGGCUUUUCCAAGAGUUUGAAAAUACAAGUAUUUUUUUCUUGUUGUUUGGUUCAAUGUUACUAUUGUAACAUUAUGUGUUAUUGUAACUGUUACUAUUUCAUCUGAAUAUAUCACUGUUAUCUUUCCGACUUGUGAUCUAUUAUACACUUUCUCUUUUUGCCAGCAGCUAUUGUAGCCACUUACUUUAUAGUUUACAUAGUACUAAAUCUCAGUGCUGAUUAGAGUAUUGGUUUUGUUGCUGUGCGCCUUUGGGACAAGAUGAUUUGCCAAGGGCCUGAAGAAUUAGUGGAGUCGUUCAGCUGCUCCUGGAGUUGUGGAACCUGUGAAGAAAUCCUCACAGACUGGCCUGGCAGCUGAGAAUGAGCACACCAUUCCAUCCCAUGCAUUCUGGGGAUUGCUCCCUGCCUUGUAGCUUGUGUGUGGAUCUCACGUGCCAUGGCUUUUACUUUGUGUCUGAACCCAAGGCUAAGUGUGAGGAGUUGGCCAAGCCAGGGAUGGGCUGAUCCAGGGCAGUGGAGGGGAUGGGAGCUGCUGAAUGCCUCUCUACAAAGAGGAGCUCAGUGGAAAAGGAACUGGGGGUCCUGGUGGGCAGCAGGUUGGCCAUGAGCCAGCAGUGUGCCCUUGUGGUCAAGGCCAUGGGGAUCCUGGGGUGCAUUAAGAGGAGCCUGGCCAGCAGGUUGAGGGAAGCGAUCCUCCUCUGUUCUGGCCUGGUGAGGACACAUCUGGAGCCCUGUGUCCAAUUCUGGGCUCCCUGGUUGAAAAAGGACAGGGAUCUCCUGGAAGGAGUCCAGUGGGUGGUGACAAAGAUGGUGGAGGCCUGGAGCAUCUCCCGUAGGAGGACCCACUUAGGGACCUGGGGUGCUCAGCCUGGAGAAGAGAAGGCUGAGGAGGAAUCUCAUCACUGUUAAAAUAUCUAGAGUAUGGGAAUUAAGUCAAUGAGAGUGGACUCUUCGAUGACUAGCAGCAACUGCAACACAGGAGGUUCCCAGGGAAGAACUUUGCAGUGAGGGUGACAGAGCGCUGAGAACAGGCUGCCCAGAAAGGCUGUGGAGUCUCCUUCUCCGGAGACAUCUCAAACCUAGCUGGGCUCAUUCCUGUGCGCCCCCUGCAGGGAGCUGCUUCGGCAAGGGCGGGCUUCCUCGGCGGCGGGGCGGGAGCCGUCGCGCCUGCGCCUCGCGUGUGUAGGGCGGGGGCGGCCGGCAGCGGGCUGGGCUCAGCCCCGGGGCCACCAUGGCGCUGCCCUCCGUGCACCGCUGCUUGCAACUCGGUGCCGAAAAUGAGCAAUUACUCAGGAAGAUGAAAAAGCUACAAAGAAAGAAUAAGGAGCUGGAAGAGGACUUGGCUCAGAUUCAGGGAGAAGGGCGGCAGCGGCAGUUAGCACGUGGUCAUGUCACCAGCAGGGACGUUCAGAUUCAAACAGACACACACGUAUGGCGUAAGGGUGGAUACAGCAAGAAUCUUAAUCUAGAGGGUGAAAGUGCCAGACUACUACAGCUGUAUAGUAAUCUACAGAAAUGUUACGUUAAGGAAAUGAAAACAAACCAGGAACAAAGUGAAACAAUUAGAAACCUCACUAUGAAAAUUUGUGAGCUAGAGCACAGUCUUCAAGAGCAGAAGCAAAGGAUUGAGCAAUUAGAACGUAAUAAGGUUUUGUGGAAAACUCACGCUGUUUCUGGGAAAAGAAGUCGAACCCUAGGGGGAGAAAUAGCGUCUCACAGAGACACAUCUAAAAAGGAGGAGUCGUGCUGCAGUCAAUACAUAGAGCUGUUGCUAAAGGAAAUUAAAAAGCUGAAGAAAGAAAAUGAAAAGUUGUCUGAGGAAAGGAGAGCACUAAGGAAGGAAUUAGCUGGAUUAGACAAGGUAAUUUCUUAUAGGACCUGUUCUUACAAGAGCAGGUUAUUUUUGAAAAAUAAACUUUUCUAUCUUGGCUUUUAGCAAGCAAAAUACAUUAAAAAAACCAGUGUAUGCCAUUCUGAAAAAGAAAUGAAUGACUCCUUGAAAUACUCAUAUCCUGCAAUACUGCUUGGCUGACCAAGAAGAAUAAUUAUGAUUUUUUUUUCUUUUUACUUUAAAACUGUGAAUUUUCUUGUAGAUGCUUUUUUUUAAUGGCUCAACAGUUUAAUUUCCUCCAAGUGUGAUUCUUUGUCUUCUGUUGUUACAAGGUAAAAAUUACAAGUGCUGGUAACUGAAACUGUGUCUGUGGCGGAACUGUGACCUUUGGAGGGCCAUGAAGGGUUUGUGGCAGGUUGUCUCUGCAGUUAUCAAAGGAGGAAGAGUGAAAGGUUGAUAAUUCUUGGAUUGAUACGGGAAGGUGGAGAGACCCUACUUAGCUGUAGAGGAUUCAGUUUAAUAUUACUGGUCUAAGAUUUUAUUUUCAGCGUAAGACAUGCUUUAAUUGUUCUAAAAACAAAUAAUAUUUGUUCACUUUCCUUACAGAGGUAGCGGUAAAACCUGGUGCUAAUUCAUUAGAUGUGAAAUGAGUAGAGCAUUGAGCCUGGAUAAGUUCUAGAUUCCCCUUGCUUGGAAGUCAGGGACAGCUCAUAACUGAAAGUUUGAUCUUUCAGAAGAAGAAAAUACUGCUCUGAACUUAUGGACCCAUUUUUUUUGGCAGUUUUAAGUCACUGUGCUUACUUAGGAUGUAUGUAGCUAUUCCUUUUUUUUUUAAAAAAAAAAAAAAAAAAAAAAGUCAAGAAGCAGAAGAGGAUGUCAAAUGUAAGUAGAUAACAGUGUUAGUUUGGUAGGUAGGACUUUACAGGUUUGGUGAAAUGAAGUUUUGAUUGCUUAUAUUCUGUUUACAGUCCUUGGGUUUUCCAACACCUUUUGACUUUGCUUACAGAGCGUCUGAACUGCUCAAUAGACCUGAGCUGUAGAAGUUGAACAAGAAAUAGUUUCAUCUUAGCUGUGAGCUAUUAGUAUUGUAAUAGCUGAAGUUUAUUUUUAUGAAGCUGAACUGAUCUAGUUAAGUACAGAUGGAAGUACUUGUUAAGUUAUGUACUGUAAUAACAAAAGGACUGCUGUGAGGAAGUGAAUCCUAUGGGCUGCUGUUCACCAGGACUAGUUCUUAUGGCUUGCUUACUGAGCUGUUUCUGUGUUUUUUGCAGCCUCACAUACUGCUCUCCUUCAUUCCCAGCUUUCUUGCAAAUUGCUUUUGUCUGAUCAAGCUGAAUCUGUUGGAUGAUGUUAUCCAUUUAGUGAUCUAUCUUAGUGCAUCAUAGAUCUGUCCACUCCUAUUGCAGUCGUCAAUAAUAGAUCUGAAACAGCCAUUCAUUAACAUGAUGUAGCUGUACUGAAGGUUCUAAACUGACCCUAGCAAUUUAUAACAAAGUUCACGGAUCGAAGAAAUGUAUAUCCUUCCAUCUCUAAAUGUUGCAUCUGUUUUUCCACUUUAAACUCUUCGUUACUGCCUUGUUCAAAUGCUAACAUUAGUAUUGAUAGUUGGCUCUCCUUACAUCUCUUCUUGCCUAUUUUCCCCUUUUAUAGUCUUACUCCUUUAGUUUCUUCCAAGUCAGUGGCAUGCUUUCUACUGCUGGCUGACUGUUUCAGAUCUCAUGGAAACCUUUCUUUUUCACUCUUCUCUGUAUUUUUAUUUCAGAUAUCCUUUGAACUUAGAUUGUUUCCAUGUUCUGUUCCUGUGUUGCUGUAUUUUUGCACGGGAGAGUCUGUGACAGUGACAUUAUUUCCUUGUCAAUUUUGGAUUGCCAUUUCCUAUCUUUCUGACAAGCCAACUUUUUUUUUCUUCCUUCUAUUUGUGUCUCUUGUAUCUUUCCCAUUAUCAGUCUCUGUUUCAGGCUCUGAAGUAACUUAAAUUGUGCUUGCAUUCCCUCUCAGGGCAAAGCUUUUAAACUAUUACACAUGACUAUAGUGGAUGUGUGCUGUGUUUGCAGAACUUGGCCCUAUCCUAAUUAAAACAGAAAGUGUCUGAACGUGGGAACAAGAGAAACCCUGACCAGCUGUUAUGGAGAAUAUCUUCAAAGAAACU